AUGGCAGACGCUUGCCGACUAUUCCCGUGGAAGGAUGAUCAAAAGGCUCUUGCUAAGCAGCUAUGGAGCUUAAUGCAGACGCCGCACAGUGACGACAGUGCGAGAACGGAUACUCUACUCAGGCUUAUCAAGUCUUUCGUCUUUGUCACCGUCCGAGGAGACGUCUUUAGCAGUGGACUGUUGCAUUUUCUAGCUGUACUUAGCAUUGACGAGGAGAUGGGUCGACUCCGCGAAGCGAACGACUUCUCGUACAUGCUAGCUGGAGUGGUGUACUGCACACGCAUCUUUGCAGUCGAGGCAAUACUACCGUCGGCCGAACGGGAUUGUCAGGGUGAGGAUGACGACAGAAGAUUUCUCGAGACACGAGAGCGUUAUCUAGCCGACGGUGGAUAUAGUCCGAUGAGCAAGAUGCUCAGUCUUCUAGCUUACGGCAAACUCAUCGCCCGAAAUCAUGGCAAUCAGGGCACAGUUCUCUGGGAUAGCGGCAACAAAACCGUGUCACUUCAUGGCCGCAAGAUACCCGUUGCUCGGUUCAAGGGUUUAGGGUUUAGGGUUUAG